GAAAUUUUAUAUCAAACCCCAAGGAGAGAUGAAAAAUGCCCUCAUAUUUUCGGGUCAAGGCACCCACUGCAAGGGCAUGUGCAUGCCGUUGCUGAGCAGCUCCGCCGCAGCAGAGGUGUGGGAUCGCAUGAAGCAGCGCAUGAUGUGCAACUACGGAAUUUCAUUGCAGGACAUUAUCCAAGAGAAUCCAAAAAAAGUAUUGACACGAGCAGACGCUUUCCACGUCGAAGAAGUGUGCGGGCGUCCGUGUACGGAGCUUUUGAACGCAAAAGAAUCGACCCCAAGAACCCACGCAAUCACGCACGCAGAAGGUGUGCUGCAGUACACGUUUUUCACGCAGCCUUGUGUCCUCGCAGCGCAAUUAGUGGCGUUCACAAAAUUGCAGCAGGAUUUUCCCCAAAUUAUCAAUCAGCAGAUUAACUGCGUUGCUGGUCACAGUUUAGGCGAAUUUACAGCGUUAGGUGCGCUCGGUGUGUUUUCGCCAGAAACCGCUGUUGACUUGACGUUUAAGCGAGGUCUUCUCAUGGAGGAAGCCUGCAAAGGUGUACGCCGGGGAGACUGGAAGCUUUACGCUUGCAAUCCGCAACGUGCACAGUUGGAAAAAGACAGCGAAACCGCGGACAAAAUAUUUUUCAAUCUAGUGGAGCUUGUAGCGAAAGCCUUAGCGCAUACGUCUUCUUUCGUUGAGGUUUGCAACCUUAAUCUGCGCCACCAACAGUACGUCGUCGCUGGUGAUUUGGUGGGUCUGGCCGUUCUCGGCAAGUGCCUCGACCCACAGUUUCGCGCGAACUGCGAGGGUGCAGAAGAUUUUGAGAGUAUUGUUGGUCAAGCUCUGAUAGCGGUCAAAACCGACGAAAAGGACGGUGUUGCAAAGGAUCCGAAUAUAAUUAACGACACGGAUUUUGCAACUGCCGCAAUGAAAAAGUACGGGGCACGAGCGACUUUUCGGAAGUUCUUAAAAGGUGCGGACGACGGUUACACGCCGUCGCUGGAGGAAUUGACGCACCUUACGCUGCAGGAGGACGGCCGAAGUGGUUUGAAACGGAAAACCUGGUUUAUUCCGUUGACUGUGGAAGUGCCGUUUCAUUCCAGCCGCUUGCGGCAGGCAAUGGAUCAGUUUCUCCCUGUUGUGCGUUCGGCCUUGCCCGAUGAGGCUAUUCUUCGUGAUCUGUUUUCCAUCUCUGCCAAAGGCACUCUUAACCGCGACGACCACAAAUUUCCGUUAUGGGUGACGAAUUUGACUGGUCGAACAUUUGACCCCUUUAACAGUUUUUUUCAAGAGGAAGCCCUAAAAGCAAUUCAGCAAUUUAAUGUCGGUGAGAUCCGUCACAACGGACGUUACGAAAGCUCUCUCGUUGCUGACACUUUCAAGGAUGGUGUAGAUCAAGGAAGCGUGCGGGAGAUCACAGCAGCGCUGCUGGCGGGUCAGCUUGCUCACCCCGUUCAAUGGAUCACUGCAAUGGAUGAGCUCGUGCUUAAAAAUGAUUGUGUCCGUAUCCAGGAGGUCUCGCCGCAGAAAAACUUGUCGGAAAUGGUAAAACGUGCAUCGUUUCGGAUAGAUGUCAAUAGUAGACCUCUAGUCGUAAUGACAGCUUCGUAUCCGAAAGAGGUGCCACUCUUUUCAACACGAUGA